AUGGCGCCAAUCGACAAGCCGACUCCCGCAGAGCUAGAGCAACAGCUCAAAGACACGAUUCAAGAUCUGUACCAGAUAAUGGUGCAGGUAACAACGUAUAACGCGACGCCCUCGAACCCCACCGGCCCCGCGCUCUCCGACUCCGUCCAGGCCCUCUCGUCCUCGCUGCAGCGCGUGCACAUGACGGCCACCGCCGGCGCGCCGCCGUCCCCUGACCUGCCGGGCGCUUUGCCCAAGAUCCCGCCCGAGCUGGUGCAGUACGUCGAGAACGGGCGCAACCCGGACAUUUACACGCGAGAGUUCGUCGAGCUCGUGAGGAGGGGCAACCAGCUGAUGCGCGGCAAGAUGAACGCCUUUGCGCAGUUCAGAGACGUGUUGGCGGAUCAUAUCGAGAGGGGUAUGCCGGAGCUGAGGGAUGACGUGGGCAAGGUACUUGAGUCCACGAAGGCUGUCGGGAGUGGACGACCUGGUGGAAAUUGA